CCCCCUCCGGGCUUGAGACCUGGAUUUCAAGGAGACGCAGAAAGAUUUCGUAGAGUGUAGGUGACUGUUAUUCUCAAGCCGUGUAACAAUUGUUUGUGCACUCAUUUGUCCCCUUAGAACUCUAAAAGUGUCUUGCGGUGGAACGGGAAAUCAACCAGAAAAUGAACUUUCACUUCAACAAUAACUCUAACGUCACCAACUUUACUGCUCCGAAGGAAUUUUCUCUUCAUUAUAACCAAACAGAAGAAGUAGUUAAGAAGGUCGCGUUUUGGCUCAUCAUCAUCGUUGGUUUUAUGGGCAACUCACUGGUCAUUAUAGUAGUAAACCUGUUUCAAAGCAUGAGAACAACUACCAACUAUCUCCUGGUCAACGUUGCUUGUGCCGACGUCACGACUCUGUUGUUCACAGCAAUGCUAAAUGUAAUCAUGAGAAAAAACGGGUUAGUUACUUCCAAAGCUCUUUCAAGCUUCCUGUGUAAGUUCAUCUACACCAACACAGUGGCGAUUAUUACGCUUCUGGUGACCGCGUUGACGCUUACAGUCCUGGCUGUCGAGAGAUAUCAUGCACUGGUUAAACCCCUGAUUUUAUCACGUAGACUCACCAUCAGCAAGAUGGUUUACGUCAUAACCGGAAUCUGGUUGGCUGCCAUAGUGAUGGUAACUCCACUGUUUGCAACUCUGGACUAUGAUCCAAACAGGCGUUCUUGCAGUCAUGGUGACGCAGACUAUGAAAUGAUGAUCUACAUUGAUUGCCUGAUCGUCAUUCUCACCUUUGUUCCAUUCGCAGUGAUCGCCUUUUGCUACACUCAGAUCAUCUAUGGCAUGUACUACAAGAACACGAUUUGUGGUACUAAAAGUGAGAGGAGUGAUACCAGGGAGGAAGCGAGAGAAAAGAGAAAAUUAGUAACACUACUCAUCCUGUUGACUAUAGUGUUUUUCCUAGCCUUUGUCCCUUAUGGCGCUUUGUUAAUAAUGCAAGUAAGUAAUGUAAAACAUACACCAACGUACCUCCGAUACGGUUCACAAUAUCUCACUCUAUUGAACUGCUCGGUAAAUCCUUUCAUUUAUGGGUUUCAAAGUUCCAAUUACAGACUCGCUUUCAAAUUUCUUUUGAAGACAAUUCUUCGCCGGGACGUCACUUAUGAACGUUUUGAAAUGCUUGAAAUGCGGACCCGCACUUCCUCACGCACUGUGUGACUGAUUCACCAUCCUUGUAGAAGAGACAAGGGAUGUACAAUACUCUAAAAGCUCACUACAAGCACGCGCUCGGCUUUAAGCUGUUUCAGCGGAUUUAUGCACUAAUUAAGUUAAUGAGUAUACUACCAUACGUUUAUUUAGCUGAUGCAUGAAGACGUUCCCUGCAUGUACCGUACGAGCGGACACCUUAGAUUUAUAAAGACGAAUCUGAAGUGGAUUUUCCAGCCAAGAAUUUAGCCACUCACCUUUCAAUUAGUAAGUGCGUAUAUUCUAAGACCAGGAGUGGCAUAUUUUAUCGGCUUAGGGGAUGCUUUUCUUACGACCUAAUGCCUUCAUGGAGAGUC